AUGACGCUGCGUAUGGAUGGACCCUCCUUGCCCCCUGCGUGCUUGCUUCUGAGAAGCUUCUCCAGGGGGCGAUAUGGAGCAGAAGCAGAAGCAGUGGCGCAGCGAUAUGGAGUCGCGAAGAGAGAUCUCCUCGACCCAUCGGCGAGCGACAUAGCAGUGUGGCUGGCGUUAGGCGAGGCACACAUAGUGGCGGAUACCAAGCGCGCCUUGCUUGACGCCGCGGAAGCUGUAGCCCAGAGAUAUGGGGUAGCAAAACGCGAUCUGCUCGACCCAUCAGCCAGCGACACAGCAGUGCGGCUGGCACUGGGAGAGGCCCACAUAGUGGCGGACACCAAGCGCGCCCUGCUUGACGCCGGCAUCGAUGUGGCCCUCAUGGAGCAAUUCGCCACCGCCGCCACCGCUGCUGCCGCUGCCAAAGCAGCUGGGAAGAAGGAUGCCAAGGUGGAUGGCGGUGCUAGUGGUGGUGGUGGUGUUAGCAGCUUGGCGCGCAGCAGGAGUGUGAUUCUGGUGAAGAAUCUGCCCUUCAAGGUGGAGGCGGGCGAGCUCGUGGGGCUAUUCCAGCGGUUCGGACCGGUAGCGAGGUUUGUGCUGCCACCCACCAAUACCGUUGCAUUGGUACAGAUGGCUGAUUCUGCUGAUGCCAAGAGGGCCUUCAAAGGCCACGUGGAGAUGGCUGAUUCUGCUGAUGCCAAGAGGGCCUUUAAAGGCCUUGCUUAUAAAAGAUACCAGCACGUGCCACUCUACCUCGAAUGGGCACCAGAAGGAAUCUUCCUAGAACUCGCAGCACCGUCAGACGCACCAGCUCAGGCAAACAUAACAGCAGCUGUAGCAGCAGUAGCAGCAGCAGCAUCUAGGGAGGCGGGCAGGGGGGCAGGAGAGGGAGGAGCAAGGGAAGGGAAGGAGGGAGGUGGAGUGAAGAGUAUAAAGAAGCAGGGAGCGGUGGGGCUUUUACAUGUGGUGGUGGAUGGGAAGGCGGCGAGGCGCAUGGUUGCUGAGGCGGAGAUGGUGGGGGGAGUGGGGGGGAGAGAUGGGGGAGGAGAGGGGGCGGAAGGGCAUGCAGUAGAAGGGGAGGAGGACGGACAGGAAGCAGGGAGCAGUGGGUUGCUGAGGCUGGUGGUGGAUGGGAAGGCAGCCAUGCGCAUGGUUGCUGAGGCGGAGUUGGUGGGGGGAGUGGAGGGCCUACAAGACACAGUGGCGAAGAACCUGAGCUUCAAUCCCCCCCCUUUCCUCUUCCAUUGCCUUCCUGUCUCCUCUCUCCCUCCCUCCGCACUUGCAGUUUCCCCUCACUCGCCCCCGUUGGCCACCACCAUGUCAGCCCAUGAGCCAACAAUCCACAGUGUGUUUGUGAAGAACCUAAGCUUUGCCACAACAGAGGCGCAGCUUAAGGAGCACUUGGAGAAGCUCCUCAGAAGCAAGCAAGCAGGAGCGGAUGGGAAGGGCCCAGCGAUUCGUAGCAUCACGAUAAAGAAGCGGGUGCGGAACGGCACGCAGCUAUCCAUGGGGUUCGGAUUCGUGGAGUUUGGCUCAGUGCUUGCUGCACACCGCGCUGCAGUCUGCGGGCACAGGGAUUUCCCUUCAGAACUGCUGCCUGACUGCCCUCCACUUCACAACCACCUUCCCCUCUCCCCUCCCCACCAGCUCAUGAGCAUGCGGCUGCCAUGCAUUUUAAGUAGGGGGUACAAGUUGUUUGCAACAAGGAGGGAGGCCGAGAGUACCUUUGAUGAGCUCAAGAGUACCCGUCUGUACGGCUACCACCUUGUGUUCUACCUCUUGCUUCUCCUCUCCCCUCCUCCCUCCCCUCUUCUGCAGCUGAAAAGCAUGCAGCUGCCACGCAAGUUUGACGGGGGGCACAGGGGGUUUGUGUUUGUGGAGUUUGCAACAAAGAGAGAAGCAGAGAGUGCAUUUGAUGCGCUCAAGAGCACUCACCUGUAUGGCCGCCAUCUUGUGCUUGAAAGGGCCAAGGAGGGCGAGGAGCUCGACGAGCUACGUGCCAAAACUGCCGGCCAGUUUCUUGACGGGGGGGCGGGCAGCGUGCGGUAG